UGCACAUUUCCUCUGCUGCGAAGUACCAGCUGCUGCCUGCCUGCAUGCUCGGUCCAUUACGGUAUUUCACAGCGAUCUAGCAGACGAGCAGAGGAGCUUGACGGAUGCAGAGAUAGAGAAGAGCACAAGGGAAGCACAGAUUGCUGCAAAUCCACAGACUUAAGCAGCAGCAGUGUCCUAAUUUUCAUAGCAAAGUAUAUUGUGUUCAGCCACAGGACCUUUUGCCAUCCUCUUCAUCAUGUUGAGGAAGGGCUCAGAGCUGCAGAAGGGAGACAGAGAAGUCCUCCUGGAUCUGAACUACGAGGGUGAAGCACAAACCACAGACAGCUAUGGGAGUCUGCAGAAUGGGAGCUUCAUCCCACCAAGAUAUCUCUCAGCUGCAGUUGCUGGUGAAGAUAUGGAUGGUGAUGAUCCCAUUUAUAUGCAGUGUAAUACAAGAAGUAACCAGCCAGCUCCACAGCCAGGGAAUUACUUCAGAGAUGGAAGAACCAAAAUUGACUUUGUACUAGUGUGGGAGAUUCGCUCGCGGAGAAAACGGCGAGGGAAGGGGAAGAAGGAGGUGACCGGUGAGGAGGGGGAAGCGGCGCCCACCGAGGAGAACAGCAGAUCAGAAAGAAGGAAAGCACAGCUGGCGCAGUGGAGAGAGAAGUUUGUUCAGAAUCUGGAGAGUGUUGGGUUGCUCAUGGAAAAGGAGGAAACAGCGAAUGAAAAGAAAACAAUCCAUUUCCUGAAACUUAGCGCUCCUUGGGAUGUGUUGGUGUAUUACGCUGAGGAACUCUGUCAGAGAGCACCACUGCAGGCACAGACAAAUCUGGACUUAAACACCUCUGCUCGGGUACUGAAAAGACUAUGCAUACCUAAUGUAAUGAUGGAGUCAGUGCCAAACAGGCCGCUGGACUAUUACACAUGUGCCUUUCGCAAGUCAAAGAUGAACAGGUUCCUUGGCUGUGACAACCAUGACACCUACUUCACGAACACACAAAGACACCGUAUUGUGUAUGAGAUUCUUGCCGGGACGGUGUACGGCAAAAGGAAGAGAGCUGAGGUCGGUGUGGACAGACUGGUAAAUGAAGGGGUGUAUACAGCAGCCUUCCCCCUUCACGAGGGCCCCUUUGAGCUUCCAAAGUAUGAGAUUCGUCCCGAUGAGCUGAACCAGAGGCAGAUUCUUUACCACUACUGGGCCCGCUGGUGCAAAUGGUACAAGUACCAACCACUGGACCACAUCAGGGAGUACUUUGGAGAGAAGAUUGCACUCUACUUUGCCUGGCUUGGUUUCUACACAACCUGGCUGCUGCCGGCAGCGAUAGUUGGAACCCUGGUCUUUGUGUCUGGAGUCAUGUCCAUGGGUACCAACGCACCUGCCGAGGAAAUCUGUACCAGCGGAGCCACGUAUCUGAUGUGUCCUCUCUGUAAUACAUGCAAGGCCUGGAACAUGUCUGAAAUCUGCACCAUGGCCAAGUUGGGCUAUUUAUUUGACCACCCGGGUACAGUCCUCUUCAGCGUGUUCAUGUCCUUCUGGGCUGUAACCUUCCUGGAGUACUGGAAGCGAAAGAUGGCCACACUCGCCCAUCACUGGGACUGCAUGGACUUCCAUGAAGAAGAGGAGCGUCCUCGUCCAGAGUUUGCAGCCACGGCCCCAACUAUGGAGCCAAACCCAGUGACUGGGGUAAAAGAGCCCUACUUUCCAGAGAAGACCAGGUUGUCUCGCAUGUUCACUGGCUCCAUGGUCAUCAUCAUGAUGCUUUGUGUAGUGAUGAUCUUCCUGGUGACGGUGGUCAUGUGCCGCGGUAUCAUCAGCGUGAUGAUGUUCCAUACGGGGAGCCCUGUGCUGCGUACAGAGGCUGGGACGAUAGCCAACAUCUCCAGCAGUAUUGUGAAUCUGGGCCUUAUCCUGCUGAUGGGUCGGGUCUACACUGCAUUAGCUGAGCAGCUCACUAAAUGGGAGAUGCACAGAACACAAACCCAGUAUGACAAUGCCUUCAUCUUCAAGGUGUUCAUCUUCCAGUUUGUCAACUUCUACUCAUCCCCCUUCUAUGUGGCUUUCUUCAAAGGAAGGUUUGUAGGGUACCCCACCAACUAUGGGACCUUGUUUGGGAUGAGAAAUGAAGAUUGUGGUCCUGGGGGUUGCCUCAUUGAACUGGCUGAGCAACUCUUCAUCAUCAUGGUGGGAAAGCAACUCAUCAACAACAUCCAGGAGUUUAUUAUCCCUAAAGUGAAGGCCUGGCGCCAGAAGAGAACUUUGGCCAAGGUGCUGGGGGACAAGGCAUCCCAUGAGCCUCGGCGCUGGGAGGAAGACUACCAGCUGGUAGAGUGUGAAGGCCUGUUUGAAGAGUACCUGGAGAUGGUGCUCCAGUUUGGGUUCAUCACCAUCUUUGUGGCAGCGUUCCCCCUCGCUCCGCUCUUCGCCCUCCUCAACAACUGGGUGGAAAUCCGUCUGGACGCCCACAAGUUUGCGUGCGAGUACCGCCGGCCGGUGGCUGAGCGCGCCCAGAAUAUCGGAGUGUGGUUUAAUAUACUGGAAGCCCUGUCGCACCUGUCCGUCAUUGCCAACGCUUUCCUAAUCGCGUUCACAUCAGAUUUUUUACCUCGCCUGCUCUACCAGUACAAGUUCGAUAAUGAUCUCAAUGGCUACGUCAACUUCACCUUGGCUUAUGCCCCACUGAACUACACCGAGUACCCCAUGUGCAGAUAUAAAGCCUACAGAGACAACAAUGGAAACUACUCACUGUUCUACUGGGAGCUUCUCGCUGUCAGACUUGGUUUUAUCAUUGCUUUUGAGCAUGUGGUGUUCUUUGUCCUGCGAGCCAUCGACUGGAUUGUACCUGAUGUCCCUGAGUCCCUGGAGCUGAAGAUCAAGAGGGAGCGGUACUUGGCCAAGCAGGCUCUGGCCGAAAACCAGGAGGCUCUGUUGGUGAGUCGAGGCCGAGGGGCCGCCCCUGCCACUCCAGGCACCUCCAGCCCAGGUCAGUUGAACAUGGGGCACACACAGACACAAUGCAGUGCAACACACACUCAUUCAUAAAACACUCACUCUCUAGUCAUGAAAUUGAAUAUUUAGGGCAAGAGCAGAUUAUUAGGGUUAUAAAUCGGGUUACCUUCAAUGUUUUAAUGUCGUUGGAGUGUGAGACUGUCUUUGAUAAGAAUUAUUUCAAAAGAAUCACAGCAUUUAAAGGAAUACUUCACCCUCAUAAUGGCCAUUUUUGUAAGUUACACACUGUGUGUUGAGUUGAAUUUGGAAA